AUGGUUUGUGCACAAAUUAUUCAAUUAUUAGUAAUUACUAUUCUAAUUACUAUCUUCUUGUUUUCACCUAUUAUUACAUUUCUAUUUAUCCUUAUUCCAAUUAUUCUUCUUUGUGUAUUCAAACAAUUUUGGUAUUUAUUUAUCAUUCUUGGUAUUUGUCUGAUAUAUGGUUGUUGGCUUCUUUUUGACUAUCGUACUGAUUCAAAAGGAGGUCGAUGGUCUAAUCGAUUUCGUCGAUUAUGCAUAUGGAAACAAUUUGCAAAUUAUUUUCCUCUUAAAUUAAUUAAAAGUGAAGAUCUUGAUCCAAAUCGAAAUUAUAUAUUUGGAUAUCAUCCGCAUGGAGCAUUUUCUUUGAGUGCUUUCGGUAAUUUUGCUACAGAUGCUACACAAUUUUCUAUUCUAUUUCCAAAUAUACGUCCACAUUUAAUGCUUCUUCGUCUUCAGUUUCUAUUUCCAUGUACACGUGAUCUUUUCCUCAAUCUAGGUGCAUGUUGUGUAUCAAGAAGGAGUUGUGAAUAUUUACUUAGUGGUAAGUGUGGUCAAGGGAAUGCAUUAGUUAUUGUUCUUGGUGGUGUUCCUGAAAUGCAUGCAACAAGAAAUGAUACUAUGAUAUUUUACAUUAAGAGAAGAAAAGGUUUUGUCAAAUUAGCAUUAAAACAUGGUGCUUCAUUAGUACCUGUUAUUUCAUUUGGAGAAAAUGAACUUUAUGAAAGACGAACUUGUUUUAAUUUGAUACCAAACGGAAUUCCUUGUGGUCGAUCUAUUGUUGGACAUAUUCCACUUCGACAUCCGGUGAUUACUGUUGUUGGAAAACCAAUUCAUGUCAAUAAAAUUGUUGAUCCAACUGCUACUGAUAUAGAUCAACUUCAUAAUGAAUAUAUUCAAGCAAUUGAACAAUUAUUUGAAGUGAACAAAUGUCAAUAUGGAUUGGAACAUGUAAACCUAGAAAUUAUUUAG